AUGAAGACCUCUGUUGCAGCUCUCGUUGCGGUCCUCGCCGUCGCGCCAGCAGUCCAAGCUUCGCUCUAUGGACAAUCCAAGGACAACCACUCUUGUGUCUUGGUUCCCGACUACAAGUCUUGCUCGGCCAAGGCCAAGCCCGACCUGGUCGACAGCUGCUGCGUUGAGACCUUUGGUGGUCUCGUCCUUCUCACUCAGUACUGGAACACAUGGGCUGACAAGCCUCUUCCCGCCAACACUUGGACGCUUCACGGCCUCUGGCCCGACUUCUGCAAUGGCUCAUACACUCAAUAUUGCGACUUGAAUCGCCAGUAUGACCCUGUUCCGGGACCCAACACCACCAACGGCCUACCCAAUGGUACCGUCGUCCCUCCGUACAAGGGCCCUGGCAUUGGCACUUUCCUCCGUCCCUUUGGCAAAUACGAUCUUCUCGCAUACAUGAACAAGUACUGGAUCGGACAGACCGGUGCCAAUGACGACUUCUGGUCGCACGAAUUCAGCAAACAUGCCACUUGCUUCAGCACAUUCGACUUGCCCUGCUACGGUCCGCAGUACCGCCAGCACGAAGACGUUGUUGACUACUUCGAGACCACUAUCGGUUACUACAAGAAGUUUCCUACUUUCGAAUGGCUCUUCAAGCACGGCAUCACCCCGUCGAACACCACCACCUACACUCUUUCCAAACUUGAGAACGCCCUGACUGAGGAGUCCGGUGCGAUCCCUUACGUCGGCUGCUCAGGUCCUCGCUACAACGAGACCGCCGCUGGUCGUGGCUCUCUGGACAACGGCCGUACCUCCGUCUCCGAAGUCUGGUAUUACCUUCAUACCUUCGGUAGACCGCAGUCGCUCAAGGCUGUCCCUGUCGACCAGACCACCACUAGCAACUGUGUCAAGGUUCCCGGGGCCCUGAACUACUACGCGCGCACCGGUACCAAUGCCACCAUCGGUGUGCUUCCCUCCUGCCCUGGCGUCAGCACCGGCCCCAGCACCGGUGCCAUGUCAACUCGCCCUGCUUCAACUUCCUCCAGCAGUCGUACCUCCACUGGCACCAGCACCCGCGCCGCAACUACCACCUCUACCCGUGCGACUACCACCUCCACCCGCGCCGCUACCACCACCUCCACUCGCGCGACCACCACCUCCACCCGCACCACCGCCCUGACCACGGUCCGCACCACCACCGCGACCGGGAAGACCACCACCGUCUCGAGCGCAAAACCCAGCACCUCAUCCAAGCCCACCGCCGUCUCCAGCGGCAAGCCUACCACAUCAUCCAAGCCCGCCGCCACCGUCUCCAGCGGCCACGCCUCGAGCAGCUCCAAGGCCACCACCACAAGCACCAGCUGCACGACCACCACCAGCAGCGUCGUCACCAAGCCCACCACCACUUCCAUCGCUCCCCCUCCUCCAUACUACACUACUCGCGCGACCACCACCACCACCAGCACCGUGCGUCCUUCAGUCGCUCACUACUAG